AUGGCACAAGCAGUAGCUAUGAAUACCCCGACUUUGCAAGGCAAUGCCGAGCAGAAGCGCCCCAUUCCCUAUCGGAAGUUGGCCGUCGGCGCGUUAAUGAACAUCUCUCAAGUUACGUCUCUUAGACAGCCGCUAGAAGUAAUCAAAACCCAUUUGGCAGCAAACCGGCAAGAUACGUUGCGGGAUGCAUUCCAGAAGACUUGGUCCCGCGGGAGAUUUCUUGCUUUUUAUCAAGGGCUGAUACCUUGGGCUUGGCUAGAAGCCUCCACCAAAGGCGCCAUUCUGAUAGUAACAUCAAGUGAGAUUGAGUAUCAUGCCAGAUCAAAGUUCAAUGCAUCACCUACGGUCUGUGGUGCUCUGGGUGGUAUUGGCGGUGGCACGACAUGCAUGAAAACAGUUGAAGUGACCCGCUCAAAGAUGAGUGUUGGAGGUGCCCGAGUACCCGGGGCUCUAGAAAUGUUUUUCCAAAUUAUUCGCGAGAAAGGGACUCGCGGAGUGAACAAAGGCGUUAACGCCGUCGCGCUACGACAGGUUACAGGUUGGUCUUCUCGGGUUGGUAUAACGCAUUUUGCGGAAGAAAGCAUCCGAAAGGUCAACGGAAAGCCGAAGGACGAAAAACUCGAGUUCGGAGAGAAAAUCCUGGCAUCCACUAUUGGUGGUGCACUGAGCUGCUGGAACCAGCCAUUCGAAGUAGGUGUCGCUGAGAUGUGUGUUGCGCGUGGAAAUGCAUUUAUGAAGAAUGAUCCCGCCCGGCCAGCUUCUCCGGCGAUCGUGUCCACGUUUAAGUAUAUCUUUUCGACGACCGGAGUCAAGGGUCUGUUUCGCAGUGUGGUUCCCCGCAUUGGGGUUGCGGCGUGGGCUACGAUCUGUAUGGUAGGGUUUGGUGAUACGGUUAAAGAGAUUGUUAAUCGCAAAUGA